AUGACCAAAAUUUCAAAAUCCGAAAAACAUUCCAAAGAUCGUUUCGAUAAUCCACAAAUUUACACACCAUAUCGAAGUAGACUAUCUCCAUUAUUCAGAUGGCGUGGUUCGGUUAUUCCAAAAGUUUUACCCCAAACCAUUUUCAUUACCGUUAUAUCAGUUGCUGUUACUGUUCUCUACCAAUAUACGGAUAUUAAACUAUCAAUUCAACCAACAUAUUGGGAAGGUCGUCGGUUAUGGUCAACUAUGGUAGUAUCAAUUAGAAAUUUUGCACGUUGCAUUUGGGUAAAUGUCAACGAAACUGAACCAAAAUAUUUGCUUGAGAAAAAAACUGCCAUAAAUCUUUUAUUAGGUUUCGCUAUAGCAGUCAAACAUUAUCUUCGUGAAGAAGAUGGAGUUGAUCAUUCUGAUUUGAAACCGUAUAUCGCAAACAUAAGAUCAACACUUCCUGCAUUUCACCCUCUUGAUAAAAAUACCUAUAAAAAACCAACUGGUUUUCGAAAAUUAUUUUCACGUUCUCUUAGCACAAGUGAAUUAGGUGGUGAUUGUAAAAAUAUAGUUAAUCAUAAUUUGCCACUUGAAAUCUCAUUUUAUUUAUCUUCGUACAUUAAGCAACAAAAGAUUAAUAGUUCUACUGAUGAUGCAACAAUAGGCGUCAUGUAUAGCAAUUUGUGUACUCUGACAGAUUGUUUAACAAGUUUUGAAAGAGUUCUUAGAUCUCCUAUUCCUCUUGCUUAUUCAAUUCAUUUAGCUCAAACUACUUGGUUAUUUUGUUUAAGUCUUCCAUUUCAAUUGGUUCAAGAUAAUGGAUGGAUUACUAUACUAAUAACAUUUUUCGUUGCUUUAGUCUUAUUGGGUGUUGAAGCGAUAGCAAAUGAAAUUGAAAAUCCUUUUGGUAAAGAUGAUAAUGAUUUAGAUCUUGAUGAUUUUUGCGGAAUUCUUAAAUUAGAACUUUUAAACAUCAUGGCUCAUAAAGCUCCAUCUCUGGAUGAUUGGGUUUAUUCAUCAGAAAAUCAUCCAUUUGAAACUGAUAACAUUACAGCCACUGAAGCAAAAAAUUUAAAUAUAGACGAAGUUAGAAAUAUGUUGAAAGAGGAUAAUAGGAAACUAAGUUCUGAAAACCGAAGGAUCUCUGAUUCUGAUAGUUCUGAUACCAUAAAUCAAAAUGAAAUUUAUAUUCAUGUUAGUUCAUAA